AUGAAGGAAUGGCCUUGGGAAACAGAAUCAUCCAGGAGCAAGUGUCUGGGAAGCGUUUCUGCUGCGUCAUUCUUGUCCUCUGGCCUAGAUUUUUAUUCUGAGCUUCUCGAGACAACCGACGUUGGUGAAGAAAUCAAAGCCACCUUGGCUGCUCCUGACUUUGGGGGCGCCUCUGUUACCAUUCCCUUCAAACUCAACGUCAUACCCCUGCUUGGCAAGCUUUCGCCAGCCGCUGAAGCUAUCGGGGCCGUCAAGUCACAAGUGCUCGUCGAAGCGUUCCCUGACGCCCCCGUCAAGCUGAUCGAGAUGUUUGAUGUCUGGCCUGCUGAGGAGCCUGCACCAACUGUCAUCGUAUCCACCGUCUCAGCAAGUGCGACAACUACCGACAGCACUAACCCAGGUGUCGUACUCCUUCCGUUAGCGUUGUUUGACGCGACCGUGAACGGCGUGGUCGUGGACAUGGCAUACAAACCCGCAGAGACACCUCUUCUCACGUUCGCGAAGGGUGCAGCUCUCAAUUGGGCAAGGGUUAUGGAGGUUGAGGUGCUCCUGGAGCAGAGUUGUGCGCAAUUUGAAACUUGGAUGGGACGCAGAUGCCCGAAGCUUGUCGUAUCGAAGAGUGUGUUGGAGACAUAUUUUGCAGCUGCCUAG